ACUCGACUGAGUUGAACCCACCGGAAACAGCUGAGAGUUUAACGGAGACCGAACCAAGACCAGGACCCAGAGUGGAGGGCCGUAGCAGUCUGACUGGACCUGGAUAUACACGGGAUACGACAGACACCGGGUCCGGGUCUAAACCGAGAGACAGAAACCCGAAAGAACCCUGGAACCUCGAGCUUCACGGAGAUUGGUGUGGAUACUGACUCCUGGAUGGACUUCCUGUCUCUGGUCCUCAUCAGAGUCUGGACUUGAUGGAUCUCAAAACAUUCUGAUCAUCUGUCUGCACGAGAAGCUCAGUUGAGUCAUGAAGUUCAGGUCUGAAUCCUGGCAGGAGUCUGAAGUCCUGUUGGACUAGACUAAUAGCAGUGUUUCUUAGACUCUCUGAAGAUCAGGAUUAUGGGACCCCCAGUCGUUCAGGGUGCUCCUGCUGUACCUAAGAUGGGGGUCCGGGCCCGGAUGUCUGACUGGUCUCAGAGGAGGGACAAUCAGGACAGUCUGGAACCAGGCGUCCUAAGCCAAACUCCCCACUUCAACAAGAGCCUGGACCCACAGACCAGAUCAGAGCCCACAUUCCCAUUCUGUGACCUCCUGAGUCCUUCCACCAGCAGGAGUUUUUUGAGGAUGAAGAGAAGCAACAGUGAAGUGACAAUUAGUGACUUCGGAGCUGAAGAUGUGGAUCCUGCUGCCAUCAACCCAAACACGGGAGCAAGUCUGAGGCGAAAGUACGGCAGCACUUCGACGCUGGACCGGCAAAGUUUGUCGCAAUUCAUGGAGAAUCCGUCAUGGAGGGUGGAGCAGCAGGAGCCCAGCGCACCACCACCGCUUCCUGAACCUCCCCAGCACCAUGCCAUGCUGUCACCCAGUCUGCAGACUGCUGCUCGGAUCUCUUGUGGGGACAUCAUCUAUGUACCCAACUAUGUGAACAGUCCAGUUUAUGUGUCACAUGUUCAGAAAACAAAGCCAGAGACAUCAAUCCUCAGCAGACUGAGGAAUCAGAAGACCAACAGGGACAUCACAUCCAUUGUGACCUCUCACAAAUGUUUCUCUCAUUAUGAUGUUCAGAGUGUCCUCUUCAACUUCAGCAAUUGCUCUAUCCCUCGGCCAGACCUCCAGCACAGAGGGAAGGCCUACACCCCUGCCUCGAUGGUGUCACACUCCACAGACUCAAAUGAUUGUGAAGUUCGAGGUGACCUGUUGGAUGGUUUAAGCCAUGAUGAAGAUGAAAAGAACAGCUUUCUGGUUUGCAGCUCUCCGUUAUUUCGUAAUGAGAUUGGAGGGGAGACGGAGAGGAGGCUGGGCCUGACUCGGGCCAACAUCUCCACCUGCAAUGCUGCAGCAGAUGCAUCCUUCAGCGAGCCGCCGCUCAGCAGCCGCCACACCAACGCAAGCAUCUCAGUCUUGGAGUUCAACAGAGAAACUCAGGUGUUCCACCAAAACCUGAUGAAUAACCAUGGCAUCGAACACAUUGACCUCGGAGCCAAAUACUACCUGAAAUACUUCUACAACCAAGAUCACCAGAAUUAUUUUGGCAUUGAUAAGAACUUUGGUCCGGUGUCUCUGAGCAUCCAGAGAGAGAAACUGGAGGAGAGGAAGGGCGAGACACAGUACAACUACAGGAUGAUCCUCAGGACCAGUCAGCUGUCCACCCUGAGAGGAUCCAUCGUGGAGGACUCUGUCCCAUCUUCAUCCAAACAUGGGACCAGUCGAGGUCUUCCACUGAAAGAUGUUCUGGAAUUUGUGGUUCCUGAAUUCAACAUCCAGAGUCUAAGACUUGCUACCAGUUCACCCAGAGUCCCUGAACUGCUACUGCAGCUGGAUCAGCAGGAGCUGAGCUUCCAGCACAAAGUGGGCGUGUUGUUCUGCCGGGCCGGUCAGUCCACCGAGGAGGACAUGUACAACAAUGAGUCUGGCAGUCCCGCUCUGGACCAGUUUCUGGACCUUCUGGGUCACAGAGUUCCACUGAAAGAUGCCACCGGUGACUCAGCAAGAGGUCAGGCAGUUUUCACAACGUUCAAAGAGAUCGAGCUGAUGUUCCACGUUUCCACGCUGCUGCCAUUCACGGCGAAUGACCCUGAGCAGCUUCUGCGUAAACGUUUUAUCAGGAACAACAUCGUCACAGUAAUCUUCCAGGAGCCUGAUGCUCCACCCUUCAGUCCCCAGAACAUCCACUCACAUUUCCAAUAUGUCUUCAUCAUCGUUCGAGUCCACCGACCCUGCAGCCAGCAUACCUGUUACAGUGUUGCAGUGUCCAGGCGUAGAGACGUCCCAUCCUUUGGUCCCUUGAUCCCACCAGGUUGGAUAUUUCCUGCCUCCCCUGCCUUCAGAAACUUCCUGCUCAUGAAGAUCAUUAAUGCUGAAAAUGCCGUACGCAAGUCAGAGACCUUUAUCACCAUGGCAACACAAUGCAGACAGGAGCACCUGAAGGAACUGGUAGAGAACUUUUCCACAUCAACACCGGCGGACUCAUCAUCUUCCAUCAAGCUGAGCUUCAUCUCUCUGGGCGGGAAGAAAAAAGAGCGCAGCACACCACGGCCACACGCUUACCUGCACAGCGCCGGGGCUCUCGCCUGGAGUGUGACAGCUAAAGACUUCGACAUGCCCUGCCAGCUCGCCAUCUCCAAUACGCUGGUGGUGCUUAUAGAGGAAGCGAGCAGACAGGUGGCGUUCCACUGUUACUGCAGAGAUGUGAUUGGCUGGAGCACCGGCCACAAAGGCGUUAAACUUUUCUACGAAUAUGGAGAUUGCGUGAUGUUUUCAACACUGGAGAGAGGCUGGGAGACUAUCCGAGAGAUCACCCAGAGACUACAGCUGGUGACUCAUGGUGGUCCUGCUGCGGACAUGACUCUGAGGAGGAACCAUCACGGUCAGCUUGGUUUUCACGUUAACUUUGAAGGAGUGGUGGCAGAAGUUGAGACCGACAGUUUUGCCUGGAAGGAGGGUCUCCGCCCUGGCUGUAGGCUAAUGGAGAUCUGUGGAGUCGCCAUAGUAACGCUUUCUCAUGAGCAGAUAAUUGACCUCCUGAGGACAUCGACGACAGUGAGCGUGGUCGUUAUUCUGCCGCACAGAGACGGGACGCCACACAGGAGUUUCUCAGAAAUUUACAGAGUCCCACGAUAUGAGUACAAAUUGGACUCCGACGUCACUUCCUACCCCUUCAGAGUGACCCCACCCACCUGGCACAAAGUGUUGGAAACUCCGCCCACUCAGCCCAUCACAGGUGAACCAGAACAGCAGCUGAGACAGAUUAAACAGAGCUCCUCCUGUGACAUGAAUGAAGGAUCCAGGUCACCGAGCAAACACUCGACUUCCAGUGACCCCGGACCACCUUUGACCCCACAGACCCACUCCCACUCCAGAGCUCUUCCUGAUUGGUCGAUCAGCUCUGAUGAAAGCUCACUUGAGAGGAUCAGGAAGUCUGAAGAGGCCAGUUACCUUCAUCAUCAUCCUCAUCAUGUGACAAAGGCCCUCAGGGUGUUUCAGCCCAGUCUGAUGGAUGCUGCAAACACGUUGUCCAGCAGCAGCAGUGAGGGCAGACACUCCGACCACCAUCUCACUGACAUCAAGGUGGCUUCGAUGGACAGUGGAAUUGACUCCACCCUCUGCACAUCAUCAGCCCUACCUGCUGUUGCUGGGGCAACACUGGUCCUGAAAGAUAUCCAGGGAGGCAAAUGGACAACCUCAGCUGGUCACAUGACCAACCAGAGUGAGACCUGCUCUCUGUCCAGUGACUCUCAUGGAUCCACAAACUGGUCUGAAGACAGGUACAAGAGAAGUUCCUCUGCUAACUCACCUGCGGCCUUCAUCACCUGUAGAGAAGGCUCCACCAAGGAUGCAGGGCUUACUCAAGAGGGGGAAGGGCUGAAGAGAUGCAGUAGACUCAGCUGUGCUCCAGUCACAGAUGUCAGCAUGAAGCAAUCUGAUGUCACUACACCUGAGAAGCCUAUCAGAGUCUCUGGUGUCCAGCCGCCAUCUCCAUGGAAAUCUCUGACACGCACAAUGUCGCAUGACAUGUUGUACAGGACUUUGUUUCACAGCUCUCAGCUGAUGUCAGACCUGCUGCUGCCACAUCACCACAGCACGCUGCCGCUGAGGAGACCGCCACUGCCGCUACAAAGGAGUGUACACUUUUACUCUGACAGCCUAUUGGCUCUGAGGUGCAACAUGGCUGAAGAUGAACACGUGCCCCUCCCCCAAGCCUCAUCACAGCUAGACUGGUAUCACCUGGAUGGCACUCGAGCUUUCAAAGCAGCAGAUGUCGAUGUCAAUCAGAUGCAUCGCACAGUGGAAGUGACAUCACAGAGCUCCGUUCUGGAGGGCAGUGACACUGCAGACGGCUCCCUGUCAGGUAAAGUUCUCCGGCUGGAGGAGAUUCUUCAUCAGCUGCAGCUCGACCUGCUGAAGGAACAGCAGGAUAAAGCUGCGCUGCAGCAGCAGGUACUGAGCCUCCGUCAGGAAAACCGCCGUCUGCAGGAGGAGAGCCAAAGCGCCGCCGAGCACAUCAGGAGGUUCACCACAUGGAUGCUGCGCAGGGAUUCGUUACCAUAGUGGCACCAUGAGGAUUCAUUCUGACCAUUCAGAGAGCACGAUUAUAUGACCUGCAGCAGAUCGUGAUGACGAGAAUCGAUAAAUGGAUUGCCAUAAAGCAGCGGGAUGGAUGAAGAUGAGGAUGACUCAGAUUCACUGAUUGAUCAAUGAUUAAACUGCAGACACGCUGACCUCAGUGGUUUGCACUCUCUGUCAGUCCUCCUUUGUUCUCUGGAUGUGGGCGGAGCCUCAGGGUGAUAGAUGAACUAACUGCUGAUUCUUUGUAUUUGUUUUCACAAAGAAAAAUGGAAACCUUUGAACUCUGAGAACGACACCAACAAAGAAGAAAAUGUCUCUUCCUGUGUCUUCCUGUCCUUCAGACCAAAGCAAAGGACGACCGCAUCAUCUCAGCAGCAGUUUGUGAAUCAUCAUUCGCGUCCUGUCAGGAAGUGGAUGAUGAUGAUGAUGAUGAUGAUGAUGAUGAUGAUGAUGAUGAUGAUGAUGAUGAGCUUUUACUAAACAUCUCAGCUCGAGAUGUUUAAAGAAAUGUUUUCUGUUCAGAUUAAAUUUCUGCCUCAGUUCUUCAAAGGACGUGAGAACAUCAGUGUGGAUCAUACAGAUGUUUUAUUCAAAAUGAAUAACGCUGACAGGUUCUAUACGUGCAUUUUUAAAACACUUUGAGUCAUUCUUUCAUUUUCACUGAAAUCUGCUUCCUGCUGUUACAUAUCAUUUCUUUCUGUUGGCUAAAAGGGAAAGCCAUCUGCGCCAACCAGUUGGGGGUGAGGGGGGAGAGACAGGACAAAAGAUACUAUGUAGGAGAGCCAGAGAUUAAAAACUAAUGACUAAAAACUAAUGAUUACAUUUUGUAUAAACUACUCAGAUGUGAUUAAUAUAAUUAGAGCAGCAUUCACAGACUGUGGAAGGUUCUCAUUUGGAAGCAUUCCCAUCAGUCAGGAUGAUCAUUUCAUUUUACAUUUUUUAUACAAAACAAUCAGAAGUGGAACAUUUUAAAGGGUUAGAGUAUGAAGUCGUUACAUCAGAAAAUCUGACAAGGUUUCUGGAUCAAACUGUCGUUUUUUGUUUUUUUUUUACCUGAGCUCUGACACUGAAAUAACCACUCACUAAAUGUGUUCCUCCAAAACCAGAUAGAAUAAAAUACUGUGAAGAGUAAACGUCUUUAGGUUCAUCUUUUUUUUUCCUCUCUCUCUCAUUGGGUCAAACUGAAGCAGCUUGAGGAGGAUCUGGUUCUGCAUGCUGGAGCGGUGUGGUUC